AUGGAGCAGCAGCUGCAGCCACCGCCCAUGGCAGUGACCCAGCAAGCCUACACGACCCAUUCGGGUCACGGGUCGGUGGGACCUGUGAUUGCAGUGGUUGCAGUGAUCACCAUCCUCGGAGUCAUAGCCGGCAUGAUUGGUAGGCUCUGCUCGGGUCGUCGGAUCAUGGGUCAUGGACGGUACUAUGACUUCGAAGCAUGGGUCGAGACAAAAUGCUCAUCGUGUCUAGAUGGCAGACUCGACCCUCCUCCGCCGCCUCUGGCUGCCGUCCCCGGUGAGAAUGUUCUGGCGGCCCAGGCAGCAGACACAUCACCAGAAAUAAAGGAAGAAGAAGUGCAACAACAACAGCAGCAGCAACAACAACAUCAACAGCAGCAACAACAACAACAACAGCAACAUCAACAUCAACAACAACAACAACAUCAAGAGGAAUAA